AGAUCAUUCUCUCUCUUUGGAUUAAAAUGGAUGCAUUAUUAAGAAUCUCAAUGGUCUUAGUGCUUUGCCUCUCAGCAUUAGGAUCCAAUGUCAAGUUACCUCCAGAUAUGUCCCAAGGUUUGUAUGAAAGUCAAUAGAUCCUCACAGUACUAUCGAUCACAGGUAAAGACCUGGACCUUUUAUAUUUUAUGGAGUAACCGUUUUUUCCAUUAUUAAGGCAUUAGAUAAAAUCUUGAAUUUUUAUUACAUAACUCUAGCUUAUCAAUGCAACAAAAGAGAUCAGGUAUUCACAGUCAUGUUUUUAAUAUUAUAUUAAAAACAUGACUGUAGUGUCCCAAGUUGUAAUUGAAGUAAGACAAAAUUGCAGUCACAUUCAUGAAGGUGUGAAUACCUGAUCUCUUUUGUUAUCUCUGAUGGCACUUACAUCAUAUCUUUUUCUUGGCUUCUUUUGAAUAAAAUGAGCUGUUAUUGUUGUCAUUAGAUUGCCCAAAACCUCAAUUUUAUUUGACAAAGAAGCUUAAUAUUCUUAAUGUGCCUUCCUUUCCAGCAAUUUUCUGUGAGAGUUGCAGUGCUGUGAUGCAAGGUAAUGAAACCAGGUGACUUUUAUUGACAAUGGCCACUAACAUGACAGGUCUUAAUUUUAGCUGAAGCCUUUAUCCAUGAUAUUUAUACCCAGAGUUCUAAAGAGGAAAGGGCCUUUGCCAUUUUGUAGUUGAAAAUCCCAAAUCAAUAUUAUAUACCCUGAAUACGCAGGGACCGCGGAGCAAGUUGAAAAGUGGGAGGGCUGACAAUUGAAAAUAAUUUUUUCAUAUUGAAAAUCGAAAAAAGGAAUAAAAUCAUAGCAUUUGAUUUGUUUCUGUCCCGUGACUUUGCAUACUUUAUCCAGUAUUUGUUGCUCUUUAUAGGUUGGCAUUAGUGAGGAUACCGAAAUUCUUCAUACAAUUUCAUUCCGUCCAGCAAAUGUGUUUGCAAUCUGAAUCACGUCCAAGCUUUCUGUUAUUUUCUGAUGACAAUUAAGUACUGUCAAGUUGCUGAAUCGCUGCUGUUUCAUGUUCGAUCUCAGCCAUGUCUUUCAGAUUCAGUGCAAGAAAAGAGGCGAUUACAAUUUUAGUAUAGAAAAUACUUCACUGAAGUGAUCUGAAAAAUUUCUAACUAUCCCCGUUCACUGUUCGAGUAAUGUAAUUCUUCUUGCCAUCGAAUAUUUCAUUGAUUCGAAAGGAGAAACACAAAAUAUAAAACUUUUAUCAACUCAAAACAACUACUCACCUUCGUUUGGCUUGAAAAAGCUAGUAAGUUUCUUCAUUUCGUCUGAUAAAACUGAUAAAAAACUCUGCCGGAGCUGGAAGUACAAAGCACACUACUGAACGAAGCGAAGGGGUGCCCAACGCAUGGCGUUUGAUCAAGAGGCAAGUCGGCCCCAGGGCACAAUUACCACGAAAAGCACAGGAGCCCCACAAAAUGCCUGGCGUUUGAAAUUAAAGAAAAUACAGAGAAUAUAGCAGAGUAUAGACGGAAAAAAACUUGUUUCAAGUCUUUUUUUUUAUUUUAAUUAUUUUUCUUUUUAGCGCAAAAAGUAGGGGCGGGGGCGCAGAAAAGUGGUGGGGCCGCGGCCCUACCAGCCCUCCCCCUCUGCGGUCCCUGAUACGGAGAGUAGGUUGGCUCGCUCACAGAUUUUUGAGCAAAAGAGAGACUGCUUGCAGUCUAUUGAGGGGGGGCAUAACAUGGGUACCAAUACUGCGAAACUGCACAGAAUUAAAUAUAAACACCACACAGAAUAACAUAAGAAACUGCAAACCGCAUUGAAAUUACCCAAAAAUUUCUAAAUACCACAAACUGCUUGGUUUUGUAAAACACCAAUACCACAACUUAAAAUAAAAAUAUCCGCAAAACAGCACCAAAAAUCAAGCAAAAGCUCGUCACCACAAACCCGUAUGCCCCCCUCCCUAUGAUAAAACAAGACAGACCAAAAUUAUUUUUAGAACAGUCAAUAGAGAGCCUUUUGUAAGUCUAAUGAACAGUGAGUUAUAGGGAGAGAGGGAAAGAGUUUCCAUUGAAAGCAAAAAAAUAUUACCAACAUUGAAAUGUGUACACUGUAAAUGUGUUGCAAGGAGAACUGCCUUUGACCUUCAAAGAGAAUUAAUGUUCUUUCAAAACAGAGUGAUCCACUAGCAGGACAGAGUGAAAAGCAAACUGGAAAUGUUUUCACUUACUUUUCUGUCUUUGGUCUGUUCCAGGCUCUUUUUACUAUACAUCUACUUGCUAUUAUUUUGAUUGUCCAGGAUACAUGAGAACCCAGAAACCUAGAACAAAGGCUAACCUGUCCCUCACCUCAAACCCUGCCCCCCCCCCUCCCCUCCCCCUUAUCAGCCAUGGUAAUUCAUGACUGCAACCAUUACACAUGAAGAGAGAGAAUUCAAGGAGAGGGAACUGGUUGGGGAUCAGCUCUCUCCAUGUAGAAAGAGGGUAAGAAAGAAAGCAGAUAUUCCUUCUAAUUUUGCUGUGUUUUUCCCAUCUCUUUUUAGAAAUAGGCAAGUUGUUAGCCAAAAAGAGUUCUGAUCCAAGAGAAUUGCAAGUGGUUGAAGCAAUGGAGGACAUCUGUCAAGCUAAAUAUUUUUCAAAGUGUCACUAUUCUCCACCUACAACAAUUAAAGCUUGUAAAUUUCUCAUAGGUGAGUUUUCUGGCUUUGAUUUUAAAUAAAUUAAUGUGUCUGUGAUUUUUUUUUUUAGUUUUCUGUUCCUUUCCUUUUGUCCUGUUCUAAAUUCAUAAAAUACCACAGGAAAAUAGUCCACAGUCAAAAGCUGGUGGUCGACCAUAGUGCACGGCCAUUAUUGACAGCUUAGCACAGCCGUAUCAAAGUGUAUUUUGCUUCUUUUUUCAUUGAAAAAUAAUCAGAAAUUACAGGUGGCCAUGACAUGUUAUAAUCAAAACUUGUAGAUUUAAUAUUCUCAGUGCACUGGCAUUCUUUCUCCUAAAACUGCAUUUACACACCGGGCAAAUUUUACUUGGCAAAGUGAAAGUUUGUGUUAAGCCUAAAACAAUAUUAACCAUGAUAAAAUAUAUUAAGUCUCUCUUUCUAUUACACCCCUCUCUACUAAAUCCCCCCCGUCUCUUUGAAGGUUGAACUUUGUAAUAAACCCAGUCGCUAAUAACCACUCUGUUAUACGAGAUGUUUAGAUUAAAUAAGCUUCGUCCAGCUUGUAAUAGAGUUUUUAUGGUAGCUGUAACUGUGAAGGUAAGUUGAUUAAAGGAAUUUGUGAAGGGGCCACUUGAAACACGUUCGCUUAAUACAGCUUUCAAUUUAAUAGGCCACGUCCGGGUUCCAAAAACCCUCACUUUCAAAAUGAGGCUAGGUGCACAACCUUUCUUGUGAAAAUGAGUUUUAUUUGCAUGAGAAUGAAAAAUGAUUUCCAUAUCAGAGGCUGAGCACUUAUCCUCGUUUUGAAACAGAGGCCCGGUGGAACUCGGAAAUGGCGUAUUUUUACGUUUUGUUUUUUUUUUUUGACAGAAAAAUACGAAGAAGAACUGGAACAGCUGUUGACCACGAAGUCAGCAGAUUAUGAAAAGGAAGUCUGCUACGAGUUGACGAAGGCUUGCGAAGGAGUAGAUAGAAGUAAGAAAGAAAAAGAAGAGAUGGAUGUCCGGUUUAAUGAUCAGAAACAAGAGGUUAAAACGGAAAAAUCAACACCAAAGAAAGACGACGAUGGAAUUCAAAGGAUGAACAUUGAUAUUAAUGAUCCCGGUGCCGCGAAACGAUUAGCAGAUCAAAUCAAAAUGCAGGUUGCACAGCAGCAGGCAAUGGGUGGCGGAAGUGAUGAUGAAGAUGAUGAGGAUGACGAAGAUGAAGACGAAGAGGAGGAUGAGGAUAAAGAUGACUCGUCAAAAAAUAAGAAGAAAACUGAACUUUAAUCAACUGUACAACGUGAUUAGUUUUUCGUUUUUUAUGUUUGUAUUUUUGUUGUUUUGCCUUCUUGAGUUUACCCUGCCAGCAGAGGGUUCCUUUCGUUAGCCCGAUUCAUUUUUUGCGUACUGGGUCAAGAAGAAGACAAAAAGAAGAUUCUGCUCGCAGCUGGGCGCGAUCCAUUCAACCAAAAUUCAUACCGGUCCGCGUGGGAAAAGUGGUCCACCUCAAAAGGUGGACCAGUUUUUUCGAAACUUUUCCGGUUGGACCGAACCGAUCCAUUGAGUUUUGGACCGAAAUUUCCGGAAUUUUUGGUUGAAUGGAUCGCUCCAAGUGUCAAGAGAAAAUGAACGUUAUAUUAAUACCAACGCUAUAAAAUUCUACAAAGUGACACUCUUUCCUUAUAUGAAAGGGUUGGUUUCUAAAGAAGCUCUUUUCCUGGCUAGAAAUAGCAACAGCGGACAGGCGUUUUAGGUUAAACGUAUAUAUCUAACUUUCUUUUACAAGCGCUCUAAAUGACCGGAGGAAAUGACAGGCAAACCGAUCAGUUCACCGCUAGGUCGAUGUUCAUUACCCACCGAACAUUGUCCUUUGACUGGCUGAUACUUUAAGCCCUAAAAUGUGUAAUGUGAUGUUGCGAGAUGGCCGAAAAAUCGCCACCCUUUUCCCUUCAUUACUCCAAAGUGAUGAAGAUUGCAAGGCUUGUCUUCUAAAGAUCAAUAUUCAAGGAAAAUUACAAAUUUCGAGUCGUUUAAUGAACUGAAUCUAAUGACAAGCGGUUUCUUGGGAAAAGAUCUGCGUAACGUAAUUUUUUUUGAAUGGUAACACCAAAAGAUUUCACCCACAGACACAAAACUAGGUACAACGAAACAUGGACCCAUUUUCGAGAGAGUGAACUAAACUGAAGUUUCUAGCGCUAGCUUCCCCUUUCUCCAAAUAUCUAAAAUUUGCAUAGAAGUAGGUAACUCUAUGUCUGUACAAUUUCUAAACCGAAAAAUUCUUAUACUAUAAUUUCACUUAUCGACUUUUAUUCAUUAUUUCUACAAAUG